UGGCGUGUGAAGGAGGUCAAACGGAGUUUUAGGUUGUGUUGAAUUAGAUAAUUUACUAAAGCAAUAUGUAAAUUAGGAUUUACUAAUAUACCAUAACUUCAUACAUGUUGUUAUAGAAUGUGUGUUAUUGUUUAAUAAUUUACAAUAUUGUUUGGUAAGUGUCUGUGUAUUAUUGUUUAAUGCAUUGCUGUAACACACUGGUGAAGAUGAAUCUCUUUGUGUUCCAAGAACACAGAUCAGUGGCAGAAAGGAAUCCCCUCCCCCCCCCCCCGGCAUGGAGAGAGCCCCUGAAAGAAACCCCAUUCAUGCAGUGGACCGCAUGGCAGAGGGCAAAUGGUGGCCGGAGUGAUGACGUCAUGUGGAUAUGCAAAUCUACCAACAGCCAGACGGCUCGGCCAAUGAGCGAAUUGGGGAAAGGUGUUACCAAGACAAUGUAUCCAAUGAGAAGUGGAUAUUUCCCCUGGGGCGGGACGCCCGGGAAAUAUAAAAUGAACUUUCGGAGGCUGCGAGAGACUUCUUUUAGGUGAAGCAAGAGACAGCUAACUACAAUUGGUUUAGCCAGGAGUGGUCUGUGGAUUGUGAAGCCUUAGAAGUCCUCGGCCGAGAAUUUAUACUCUGUAUCUGAACAGUUAUUAGUUAUCAACGAUUGGUUAUACUUUUUAUUAAAUACAUUUUAUUAUAACUUUUCGACUCCGGACAUUUUCUUCGGUUCAGCACCAGGGGAUUUCUGAAUACCUAACAGUUUGGUGACCCUGACGUGAUUCCUUGGUGUUUUGGAUCGAGGAGGAACCGAGUUGAACAUCUGGAAGGAUCACUCUCCCCCACUCACACGAGGCCUCACAACAAGGGAGGUGACGAGGAUGACCUGGAGCUGCCUACGAUCGCUUCGCUUCAGGUGUCUCACAUCCAAAGUGGGCGUGUUCAUUCUCCUGCUGUGUGUGACGGGCAUCUGUGUGUUUUGGAGGGGAGAAAUCCCAUCGUACUUCCCGCCUGGAGAGGGAAGACCCUGCGCCUGUGACCGAUGUUUACGUGAAGACGAGACCUUAUUCAUGCAGCGAUUUAGCAAAUUUGAGGAACCACCGUUUUUGUCACAAUACCACAAUCUCUCAGAGAAUCAUUUCAACUGGUGGAGGCGCCUACAGUCUGAUGGCCGUAACUUCAGUGUUUACAAAGAAACGGUGAACAAGAUGUUUCAGAUGUUCCCAAUAAACGCUGAAGUUGAAGCAUCCAGCCCCGACCGCUGCAGGACUUGUGCUGUGGUGGGGAAUUCUAUGAAUUUGAAGAAUUCCCAUUACGGACCCCUCAUAGAUUUCCAGGACUUCGUCAUAAGAAUUAACAAAGGUCUUACCAAAGGCUAUGAAGAAGAUGUUGGGACCAGAACAACUCAUCAUGUCAUGUAUCCAGUUAGUGCUGUGGACUUGGAGAACACCACAAGUCUGGUGCUGUUUGCAUUCAAGAUCCUGGACCUGGAGUGGAUGAUGAAGGCCCUCAAUACAGGAAUCUCAUUUGAAGAAAGACCACUGAAGGCCAACACGGACUUGGUGAUGGUCCUGAAUCCAGCUUUUAUGCGGUAUGUUCAUCUCGUGUGGCUAAGGAGGAGGGGCCAUUAUCCAUCCACUGGCUUCAUGGCUUUGAUUCUUGCUCUGCAUAUUUGUGACGAGGUCCAUGUGUUCGGUUAUGGAGCCGACAGUGAUGGAAGAUGGACUCAUUACUGGGAACAUAAGAGAAGAAGGGGGUUCAGAACUGGAUGGCAUCCUGGACAUUUUGAGUUUGCAAUGAUCAAGGAGCUCGGUCGGCAUCAGAUAAUCAAGUUUUAUAGGGGGUGGUGACGUUUCUCUCAGCGUUCAAUGGAUUUAAGCAUCGAAAGAGCAGAACAAGACUCGGAAGCUGUCAUCCUGCUGCACACGUGAACCCUUCAGCGGUUCCAUUCUGAUGCCUCCGUGGUUUUUCUCUGUGAACAUGACUGAAGGAGUUCAGGGGAAAUUAAUGUAAAAUUGAAUGUUACAUGAAAUUUGAACAGGAGAGCUUUUUAGAAAACACAGAGCAUCGAUUGUUUGCAGAAACGUUUAAGUUUUUUUUUUUUUUACAUUAAAUAUUGU